UAACAGGUGCACAUUCCUGGGCGCCUCGUCACUUCCCCUGCACUGGUUGUCUCAGCGGCUCAUCCAGCGAACUCACUGAGUAAGGCGGGCUGGCUAUGACCUCAGGGGCGCUUCUGGUGCUGCUGCUGGGGGCGGUGGGGGCGCUGCUUGCCCCGGGAGCCCUCGGCUCGGAGGCGGAGGGCCGACUCCGCGAGAAACUUUUCUCGGGCUAUGAUAGCUCCGUGCGCCCGGCGCGGGAGGUGGGAGACCGCGUCGGGGUCAGCAUUGGUCUCAGCCUGGCGCAACUCAUCAGCCUGAACGAGAAGGAUGAGGAGAUGAGCACAAAGGUCUACUUAGAUUUGGAGUGGACUGACUACAGGCUGAGCUGGGACCCUGCGGAGCACGAGGGCAUCGAUUCACUCCGCAUCACCGCUGGCUCCGUGUGGCUACCAGACGUGGUGCUCCUAAACAACAAUGACGGAAAUUUUGACGUGGCUCUGGACAUCAACGUCGUGGUGUCCUCUGACGGCUCCGUGCGCUGGCGGCCCCCGGGCAUCUAUCGAAGCAGCUGCAGCAUCCAGGUCACCUACUUCCCCUUUGACUGGCAGAACUGCACCAUGGUGUUCAGUUCCUAUAGCUAUGACAGCUCAGAGGUCAGCCUGCAGACCGGCUUGGGUCCCGACGGGCAGGAGCGGCAGGAAGUGCACAUUCAUGAAGGGACCUUCAUCGAGAAUGGCCAAUGGGAGAUUAUCCACAAGCCUUCUCGGCUAAUCCAGCCUCCAGCAGAUCCUAGGGGAGGAGGGGAAGGACGGCGGGAAGAAGUCACCUUCUACCUCAUCAUUCGCCGGAAGCCUCUCUUCUACCUGGUCAACGUCAUUGCCCCAUGCAUCCUCAUCACGAUCCUGGCCAUCUUCGUCUUCUACCUGCCACCAGAUGCAGGAGAGAAGAUGGGGCUCUCGAUCUUUGCCCUGCUGACGCUCACUGUGUUCCUGCUGCUGCUGGCAGACAAAGUGCCUGAGACCUCCCUGUCUGUCCCCAUCAUCAUCAAGUACCUCAUGUUUACCAUGGUCCUCGUCACCUUCUCAGUCAUCCUUAGCGUCGUAGUCCUCAACCUGCACCAUCGCUCACCCCACACCCACCAAAUGCCCCCUUGGGUCCGUCAGAUCUUCAUCCUUAAACUCCCUCUGUACCUGGGCCUGAAGAGGCCCAAACCUGAGAGAGACCAGAUGCCGGAACCACCUCCUGUAGCCCUCAGGGAUUCUCCAGGAAGUGGCUGGGGUCGGGGAACCGAUGAAUAUUUCAUCCGCAAGCCGCCAAAUGAUUUUCUCUUCCCCAAACCCAACAGAUUCCAGCCUGAACUAUCUGCCCCGGACCCGCGGCGACUUGUCGAUGGUCCAAACCGGGCUGUGGGCCUGCCUCCCGAGCUGCGGGAGGUCGUUUCCUCGAUCAGCUACAUCGCUCGGCAGCUGCAGGAACAGGAGGACCACGACGCGCUGAAGGAGGAUUGGCAAUUUGUGGCCAUGGUAGUGGACCGCCUCUUCCUGUGGACCUUCAUCAUCUUCACGAGCGUCGGGACCCUCGUCAUCUUUCUGGAUGCCACAUACCACUUGCCACCUGCCGACCCCUUUCCUUGAGGCUGCGAGGGCCGAGACUCAGGUCCUUGGCCAGCUGAAUUGGGAGUCGGGCAGUACUCUCAAGUCCUAGCCCUUUUUGCAUCUUAACUCCUUCAGUAGAAAUCCAGGCUUCUCAUGAGUUCGUUUCUAGGGAGGAAGCCUAAGUGGGACUGGACAGAUGGGGGGCUGGGGCCCACUUGAAACGCACUAUCUGGUCGUUUACUCUUUAGCUUCUUGAAGAAGCUCCUUUGAAUAUUUGCAUCUGGGUUCGCAGUGCGUGGAACAAAGAGCAAGAACUAGACUGUAAGCCUUCUGAGGGCAGGACCUAUGUCUCAUUCACUGUAAUACCUCCAGCACCUAGCGCAAGUCUUAACCUAUAUAGUAGGUGCUUCACAUUGGCCGUACGAAUAGGGACAUUUCUUUUCCUAUGAGGAGAUACACUAAGUAGUAGUGUUUAUGUUUGCAUGUUGGGACAAGUGGUCAUUUCUUUCUUUGUUUUUACGAUUCUGUAGUUUGUUGCAUUUUGUAAUAAGUAUUAUCUUUAGGAUGAAAAAAAGGUUGUUUUUUUAAAGGGUGCGUUUGUAAUGAGGAUAAAAAAAGCUCACUUUAUAAGCUUCAGGCUCCAGCUUUGGUACUCAAACUUUGGACAAGUUACUAAACUGCCGUGCCUCAGUUUUCCCAUCUAUAAAAUGAAGCUCAUAAUAGUAUCUGCCCCCUAGUCUGAGGAUCAUUUGAGAAGAUGGGAAACAAAAGCACCAUGAAGGAGUUCCCUGGUGGCACAGUGGAUUAAGGAUCCAGCGUUGUCACUGCUGUGGCUCCAGUUGCUGGCCGUGGCGUGGGUUUGAUCCCUGGUCUGGGGAUUUCUGUAUGCUGUGGGCGCAGCUCCGCCACCUUCCCAAAAGCAUCGUGCGGUAUGCAUCAGAGGUUGCAAACUGGUGUGUUUUGUUUGGUCCAUACUGUUGACCGGCAGAAUGUUCAAUUUGAAUUGGUUUGCUGCUUUUAAAAUGUGGAUAUUUCUUGGAGAAAUUUGGAUUUCUGGCUUCUCUUGAAGAUUUUUCAGAACUACAGAAACACCAGCUCUGAUUCCCCUUUUGGCAGCCCCCUGCUAGAGCUGAUUAGCGGCUGCCCACUCUGGUCAAUGUAUUUGUACCAGAAUUCAUCAAAGUCCCCACCCUCACUAGCUUCACUCAUGUUACAUGCAGACCCCUGCGUAACACUAGACAAAAUACAGGGGAGGGGAGGGGAGGCAAGGAAAUGAAGCCCCUGGGAGGCUAGCAGUGGAACAAGAAAAGGCUGUUGGUGGGGGGAGUUCUCUGGUGGUCUAGUGGUUAGGAUUUGGCCCUUUCACCGCUGCAGCCCAGAGAUCUCAGUUCUCUGGUUCUGGGGCACUGAGCCCCCACGUUAAGCUGCUACAGCCAAGAAAACCCAAAAGGGUAUUGGUGUCUCUUAUGGCCAUCACACAUUUUGUGCCUCAGUUUUCUUUCAGUUUGGCCCUGGUUGAAGGCAGAGCCUUUCAGGGACCUGAAGAUCUCACAGUGCCCAGCAGGCUGUGUGAACUGGACUGGGUUAACGUUUCUGCCUGGAGGUCAGAGCAAAGUCAGCAUGAGCCUAGUGGCUGCAGCCAAUUACUGUAAAGACCCUUGGGUCGACAAGCUCUCACACCUACUCAGUGGCAGGAAGUUGUUGUCCUAAGAGGGAGAACAGGGCUUCGACCCUCAGGGAUCCCUGUGGGACAAGGGUAGCGUGUCCCUGUCCAGCCAGCCCCACCAACCACGCCAAUAAUUGCACCUGGCAUCCCACUGCGGAGCACAGUUUGUUUGUCUUGUUGGUUUAUUGGCCUAGAGAGUUGGACACACACACAAAUGCGGAGAUAAAUAUUGGUCAGUUUCUCUAAAUCUGGGUCCUCACUACGUAUAGAGCUAGAGUCUGUAGAAUUCUAAAUCUUGCGUGCUGUGGCACAGAACCAGUGGCUUUCCCACUCCACCGUCACCCUUCUUCCCAGGGAACAUGGGGAAAGAGGGCACAAGCUGACAAGACUUGAUAAAUUUCAAAAGACGAAAUUGCAAAGUCCCCAAUUUCCAACAUCUGAAAGUCACAAUAUUCAAGUUCCCCAGCUCAGAUACAUAUAUUUUAAUCUCUAUUUCGCCACAAUCUCCUUUGUUGCCCAGAACCACCAAAUUCUGGGAACUAGUUUCCUAAAUCAUAGUUUCAAAAAAAUAAAUGUCUACAAUCUCAGUU